GCUAGGAAGGUGCGCGCCGUGACGGAGCGCGCCGCGCGGGACCGCCCUCGCGUUCCUGCUCUUGCCCCGGGCGCUUCCGGCUGGGCACGGUCCGGUGAGAGCGCUGGCUGCGGUUCCCCGGGCUGUCGGUCCGCCCAGUUGGAGCCCGCGGGGAGGCGGUACGGGUGGGGGAAGGCACCGGCCUCUGCGCCCGCACGUCCCUCUCGCGGCCGGGCUGGGCCCUCACGGGUGGGUCAGGGACAAGGCCCGGUUGGGCGGAGAACGACUGGGCGGGCUGCGCCGGAGCCUGGGGCCUGGGUCUCCCGUCGCCUCCAGGGAGCGGGUCGGGCCCCGCGGCGGCGCCGGCACGGGCGGCGCCGGCCCCGCCGGUCCCUGUGGGCGCCUCCGUGGGCGUCUGUGUCCCGAACACUUCCCUAGACUGGGGGUCGAGGGGACCCAAGGGGGCGUCGGAAAGGGGUGCGGCGGCGGGGGUCACGCGGGGUGCUGCUUCCCCGCUUCUCCGCCUGCGGGAGCCGGGCGGGUGCCGGGAUCCGCCUCGGAGAAACGGGGUCACGGACCUUUGUAAGGUGGUGGUGGGCCUGAGGGGUUCCUCCUCCUCGGGAGCGCCCGGGGCUGUGUCUGGCGCCCCGAAGAGCUCGAGGUCCUUAGCUGUGGGGACAGUAAGCGGUGACAUUUCCAUCACUGCAUUUCCACAGUUGCCGCUGAGCCCAAAAUGCGUGUCGAUUCGUUGGUUCGGGUGACUUACUGACCGCCUGCUCGGAGCCAGGCGGCGUGCUGUUCCGAAACACAUCUUAAGCUUGAGUGGAUUGGAAAUAUUUCCUCUCUCUCCGUGCGUGUAUACGUGUGCACUCGCGUGUGUCCGUGCCUGAUACUGAAGUAGAGCGGAGUACGUAGCUUCAUGCACGUCACUGCUGUGAUUAGCUUAUUUGGCAUUCGGAACAGUGUGUUGAAGCUGUAGCACAUGCCGUGAGGCGAUGAGGAGGUUUUUGUUACUCUAUGCUACACAGAAAGGACAGGCGAAGGCCAUAGCGGAAGAAAUAUGUGAAAAAGCAUUCGCACAUGGAUUUUCUGCAGAUCUUCACUGUAUUAGUGAGUCAGAUAAGUAUGAUCUGAAAACUGAAACAGCGCCUCUCGUGGUGGUGGUUUCCACCACGGGCACUGGAGACCCGCCCGACACCGCGCGCAAGUUCGUGAAAGCGAUACAGGACAAGGCCCUGCCGGGAGACUUCCUUGCUCACCUGCGCUACGGAUUACUGGGGCUGGGUGAUUCGGAGUACACGUACUUCUGCAACGGUGGGAAGAUCAUUGACAGGCGACUUCAGGAGCUGGGUGCCAGACAUUUCUAUGACACGGGCCAUGCGGACGACUGCGUGGGUUUAGAACUUGUGGUGGAGCCAUGGGUUGAUGGACUCUGGGCUGCCCUCACGAAGCACUUCACGUCCAGUAGAGGAAAAGCGGAGAGAAUCGGCGCUCUCAGGGUGGCAUUGGAUGCUUCCCAAAGGAUGGAUCCUCUGAAACCAGAAUUACUACACAUUGAAUCACAAGUUGAACUUCUGAGAUUAGGUGAUCCGCGGAGAAGGGAUUCCGAGGCGCGGGGACAGAAUGCAGUGGAUGGAGGUCGGUCAGGUGCCCCAGUGGUGGAGUCGGAGUCCAAGUCCUCGCUCACCCGCUCGGAACCGCCGCUCUCACAGGCGGCCCUGAGCAUCCCUGCCGCGCCGCCCGAGUACCUGCACGUGCGCCUGCAGGAGUGUCCGGGCCAGGAGGAAAGCCAAGCAUCUGUGACUUCAGUGGAUCCAAUUUUUCAAGUUCCAAUUUCAAAGGCAGUUCAACUGACUACAAAUGAUGCCAUAAAAAGCACUCUUCUGGUGGAAUUGGACAUUUCGAAAACAGAUUUUUCCUAUCAGCCUGGAGAUGCCUUCAAUGUGAUCUGUCCCAACAGUGAUUCUGAGGUACAAAACCUUCUCCAAAGACUGCAGCUCACGGACAGAAGAGAACACUGUGUCCACUUGAAAAUUAAGGAAGACACAAAAAAGAAAGGAGCAGCCUUACCCCCGCACGUACCUGACGGACGUUCUCUCCAGUUCAUUCUGACUUGGUGCCUUGAAAUACGAGCAGUUCCUAAAAAGGCGUUGCUACGAGCCCUCGUGGACCACACCAGCAACGGGCGGGAGAAGCGAAGGCUGCAGGAGCUGUGCAGCCGGGAGGGCGCAGCCGAUUACAACCGCUUCGUGCGGGGCGAGCGCGCCGGCCUGCUGGACCUCCUCCUCGCUUUCCCGUCCUGCCGGCCGCCGCUCCGUCUCCUGCUCGAACAUCUUCCUAAGCUCCAGCCCAGACCAUAUUCAUGCGCGAGCUCAAACCUGUCGCACCCAGGGAAGCUUCGCUUCAUUUUCAACAUCGUGGAGUUUCUGUCUCACACCACAAAGGAGGUUCUGCGGAAGGGCGUGUGCACAGGCUGGCUGGCCGCGGUGGUCGCACCAGUUCUUCGUCCAGACAUGCGAGUGUCCCGUGCUGAAGGCGGGAAAGCCCCGACUCCAGAGAUAUCCAUCUCUCCUCGAACAACCAAUUUUUUCCACUUACCGAGUGACUCCUCUGCCCCCAUCAUAAUGGUGGGUCCGGGAACUGGCAUAGCGCCCUUCAUUGGUUUCCUGCAACACAGAGAGAAACUCCAAGAACAACAUCCAGAUGGGCACUUUGGAGCAAUGUGGUUGUUUUUUGGCUGCCGACACAAAGAUAGGGAUUAUUUAUUCAGGGAAGAGCUCAGACGUUUCCACCAGCGUGGAGUCCUAACUCACUUGAAGGUUUCCUUCUCAAGAGAUGCUCCUGUUGGGGAGGAGGACGCCCCGGUGAAGUACGUGCAGGACAACAUCCGGCUUCACAGCGAGCAGGUGGCGAGGCUCCUUCUUCAUGAGCGCGGCUGCAUUUACGUGUGUGGAGAUGCUAAGAAUAUGGCCAAAGACGUCAAUGACACCCUUGUGGAGAUAAUCAGCAAACAGGCUGGAGUUGAAAAGCUAGAAGCACUGAAAAUGUUGGCUACUUUGAAAGAAGAAAAACGGUAUCUUCAGGACAUUUGGUCAUAAAAUAAGAAAAAGGAAGAGUACGAUGCUUUUUUUGGCUGAAAGUAGUAAAAGACUGGCUGAAACAGACUUUCCAUUUUUAAAAUUAAAAAUGAAAAUUUUUGGAGGAGGUAGAGUGGAGCGGCCAUCUUCCCGCGGCAGCAGCCUCCCGAUCGGGUUUUCCCGCAGCGCUGGCUUCAGCCUGGAGGCCGCCUGAGCUGAGGGGCGGCCACCGUGUCCUAGAGAACAUCACAGGUGCCGCCUCCGGGUCACAGGAGGGCGUCUGUCUGCGUGUGAUGAGGCUUCCUGGUGUGGAUAUGGGCACGCGCGCCCACCACAUAGAUGGUUACAGCCUCUCAACUUCUGUUGCCAGUUUUUAAAAUAAGGACAAAAUUAUUUAUUUUUUAAUGAACUCUCCCAUAAAGAACGCCUAUUAAUGUAUUGAAAUGAA